AUGUCGCCGGAUGAGACGAAGGCCGGUCCCUUGCCGAAGGUGCUGGUGCCGCUCUGCGGAAAGUCUGUCGACAUGCCGUACUUGUGUGAGCUCGGCUUCGGCGUCGUGGGAGUCGAGGGCAUUCCGAGGGCCAUCCUCGAAUUCAAAGCAGAGCACCAGAUACGAGUCAAGGGCAUGAAGUCCAAGCUGCCCUUUGCAAAAGAUGAGCAAGGAUGGCGGGAAGGGACAACGUUCCAACCUGCCGCACAGUUCGCAGGAGCGAGGUCUGGCCAGUCGUUCAAGACAGGCGACCAAGGGCUCGGUUACUAUUCGGAGCGUCCAGCUGUGUGGCGUGGCAAGGUGAACCUUGGCAGGAGGCAUGCUCCAUUGCACCUCAUCGAGGGUGACAUGUUCGAGGUCACGCCGGAGCUGGUUGCGGCUUCGACGUUCGCGACGGAUGGCAGGUUUGACCUUGUUUACGAUUGCGAUGCAUUGGUCUCGCUUCCACCAGAUUGUUGGAAGCAGUACGCGGCUGGGUUGUCGUCGUUGCUGCGAGUAGGUGGAAGGAUCCUCCUGAUAGUUGUUCAGUACGACCAGGGCAAGCUCCCGUAUGCACGCAACCGCAUCAAUCCGCCCCCUUUUAGUGUGACCCGCGAGAACCUCAAAGGACUAUUUCCGGACUCGUCUUGGUCUGUGACCAUGUUGGAGACGGAGCCCUGUGAUGAAGAAUUUGUGUGGCAGCUCAGGUGGAUCUAG